UUAAGCUAAAAAGCAUGAAAAAGACAAAAUUCGGCAACCUUGUGAAGAAAAAUGAGGAUGGGUUGUCAAGUGAAGACAGUAGCGAAGAUAUGAAUUUGAAAUAAAAUUACUCAAGCCUUUGGUGAAGCAAAGAACCAGAGAUCAGAUAAUAAGGUGCCAAAGAACUCAGAAGAAAUCCUGUCUUACCUCCCGAGAGAGCAGCAGAUUUUGAGGAGAUAUGAAAGGAACAACACUCAAAAGAUAGAAGAGAUGGAGAAAGUCUCUCAGUUUAGACCAAGGAUUACUAGUUAUAUUGGCAUCCCAACACCUCAUUCAGCUAAACCUAAAUAAGUCUUUGACUUCAACACUGAAGGAUGAAGAGCAUCUGGUUUCUUGAAAACACAUAAGAAAGCAAAAUUACCAAAUCACUGAAAGCGAGAAGGGGCUGGACAAGGUCAGGCAGCGCAAUCAAAGGAAUUACAUUGAGAUGAUCACCGAGUUUAAGAAUGAAGAAAUUAAGAAAUCCCAGAACAAAGAGAAGCUAUGGAUAGGAAUUCUGGUGACCUUUACAAUAAUUCAAUGUUGCAUGAACGUUACAGCUUGCUUAUUGUACAUUAUUAGUGAUUAUUCAGAAGAUGAUUACAUCAACUACGCAGAGCUUGGAAUCGCCUUUUUCUUUGCAAUGGAGAUGGCAGGAAGUUUCUACUUUUACCCAUCCCCAAAGAUAAGAUUCUUCAUUUCAAUAGAUACUUGGGUAGAUUUUUGCACAAUUAUGCCUGAAUUCUUAUCUGUAUUUCUCUCAUCAAGUAACACGAAUAGUGUGUCUUUUUUAAGAAUCUUAAGAAUAUUAAAAAUUAUGAGAAUUGUCAAGUUUAAGAAAACAUUGAAGAAAAUUCAACUAAAGAAAGUUCAAGAGGAGUUAACAUUGGAUUCCCAAGUAGAGACACUGUCUCGGCUCAAAAAGCAAUUGAUCAUGCUUAUAAUUUCUCUUUUUGCUACUCUUUUCAUCUGUUCUGGAAUUAUUACAGUCAUGGAGCAAUCGUUCGAAAAGUCAAUGUCAGAGCCUUUAAAAUUUAUCGACUCGUUCUAUUAUGUUGUAAUUACAGCUACUACGAUCGGAUAUGGCGAUAUCUAUCCAACACGGUCACAGUCACGUAUCAUCGUUGCGAUAAUUUUGAUCAUUAUUUUCAUGAUCUUUGGAGACCAAAUCUCUAAGAUUAUUGCUAUCAUGAAAGAUUCAGACAAAUAUGACAUAAAAUAUAAUAUGAAAUCCCAUACAAUUCUGGUUGGGAACAGAUGUUUCUCUAUAAUAACACCUUUCUUGCAUGAUGCUCUAAGAAACGCAGAGCAUGAAGAGUCUAAAAUCCUCAUCAUUGACGAUGUUUCUAUGACGGAUAGAAUGGAAAAACUCCUAGACUAUGAAGCUUUUCAAGGUCGGGUUUACUUCCUGUCUGUCAGAAAUGGCAUCACCCACAAAACGUUUAUCAAGUGCUGUGCCAACAAGGCAUCUAGCAUUUUUAUCAUUAGUGACCCUUACUCUAUUAGUGGUGAAGAUCAGGAUAAAUAAGGGAUUGUUUAUGAAAACCUAUCUCCGAAAUAACGGAGUUAAUUGCCCAAUCUACAUCCAGUUAUCCCUCUAUGAUGAUAAAUAUCUAGAAAACUUUAUUACCAAAAAUGAGAUAACUUCCAAUCAAUCCAUGUAUGACGACCAGAUUGAUGAUGAAGAGGAUGAAGCAGAUGAUAUCAAAUCUGCAUGAAGCUACUCCGGAAGGAAGCUUGUCUCUCCUUUGCCUACUGUAUCAAAUAAGCCUGACUUCAUUAGUGCAAUCUGAUACAGGAAAUUCAAAUUUAACUUAUUAGCACAGAGCAUGUUUUCUCAAGGGCUUUUACCAUUUGUGACAUGAUUCUUAAUAGAUUCACCUAUCCAGCUUUCUGAAAUUCACAAGAGGGAACCCCAGCUGUCAUCUGUUGAUAAGGAGCUAUCAAUCCCAAAUAAGCUAUGAAAGCUAUACAACAGGUCUCUUGAAUACAAUCUGUACAUAAUAGAUCUUCCUUUCAUGUGUGAAAACUUUGUAUUUGAGGAUGCUGUCAAGAAGAUAGACCUCCUAGAGACUCAUCCACUAUUCGUGUCAACAGGCACUAAGCUCAAGCUCAUUGGCUUAAUCGAGCAUGAUGUUGAUGAGAAUAACUUAACUAUUGAUAGCUGAACCCCUCGCAAUUUGUACGCUCCCUUUGGUUCAAUCAUUUCAUACUCACAUAAAGGAAUUUAUAUAUGAAAUAACCCAAAAAUCACAUCCUGGCUUGAGAAGAAAAGUGACUCAGAAAGACUCCUCAGAGAGACCAUGAAGAAUGAUAAGGAUCGAAAGAAGAAAAAUAAGAUUUCUCACUUUGAUAACAAUGCUCUUGAUAAGGAAGAAUCAAUCGCAUUCUCACGGAUUCAGACACGGGUUAGAAAUCAAGAAAGAAGCCAAAGAGAUCUUCCAAGGUCAAAAACCUCAACUGCAAAGAGAGCUGGAAAUAUUCUCAUUGAGGAUCCCCAUUCUAACCAAAAAGAUAAAUUUCUGUUUGGAGACGAUGAGCCGUCUGAGAUCGAGUUGGAAGAAGCCAAGCAACCCAUAUUAGAGCUCAUAAAAAAUCUUAUAGUGGAUAAGCAUAGCUAUUUCAAUCAAAUCAAAGAAGAUGUCCUCUGGGCUGGCACUGACCUUAGUGGAAGAAUAAACAAGCAUAUUGUGAUUCUUGGUUAUGUAGAAGGCCUAGACUACUUCAUCGAUGCUGUUCGGCGAGAAUCUGAUAUUCCAAUAAUAAUCUGAGAUAUAGUCCAGAAAAUAGAACCAAUAAAGAGAGUAAUCAACAGAUUCGAGUAUGUUUACCAGUAUGUUGAUGAGCCUCGGGAUGUAAAUUGCAUUAACAAACUCAACAUUUCUGCUGCACACCAUGUCCUAAUUGUGUCAAAUAUAACAAAAGAGACUGAAGGACUAGACAUUGACGCUAUACUUCUAGCAAGCUACAUUCAAGAGUGGUACCCAAAUGUCAAAAUGACUGUUGAAUUCCAGAACGAAAACAGUAUAAAAAUGAUAGAAACUUCUCUAUUCUCAAAUUACUACAUUGACACCACAAAAUUAUAUUCAAUGAGCUUUAUGUCUGGAAGAGUUCUCAAUUCUUCCCUGUUUCUUGACAUAGGGAGUAAGCUGAAGACAAACCCUCUUCAGCUCAAGUUCCUGAACGAUCUCUUUUACAAUGUCAUUGACGAAUCUAAUAUUUUGGCACUAAAGAUCAACGAAGAUCUAGACGGGAGAGAAUACCAAUCAGUGUACGAAGAGUUCUUGGAUGAUGAAAUCACCCCUCUCUUAUGACUGGGAGUGUUCACCUCGAGAUUUACUACACCAAUCCAAGACUACCUUGAUAAAUUCCUUGAAGUUGAACCAGAGUAUCAUGAAUUCAAGAUGAAAUAGGAGUAAUGCUAGCAUGAUGGGGUAUAAUAGCUGAGAGAAUAGUAAAGAAAUGCCUCUUGACGAAGAUGACCAAGAGGAUUACAACUUCCUAAUAAAUACCCUAUCCGUCUUCCUCCUUAACCCAACCAAAGACUACAUCCUCAAGCAAGGAGAUAUUCUGUAUUGCCUUGGGAGUAUAAAUAAUGACAAAAUACAACCAAAAAUCCAGUCCACCAUAAUAAAAACUCUCCGGGCUUAUUCAAGUCCCACUUUCAAACCCCCUCAAAAUCCUGCCAACCCAGACCCCUCCCAAGAACAAAACCUUUGACAUAAGAGCAUCGAAAAAGUAUUAUCUGAACUAGAGUCCAGACUUUUAUCAAACGAUUCCCACUUCAGUCACUAAGUAACCAAUCCAGACUCCUCAGAAAGGAAUAAUAGUGCUUUCAGAUUAUUAAAAGGACAUUUCUCCUUGCUUAGCGGGAUAAUCUA